AGAGUUGAGAGAGAACACGAGAAAGAAAAAAAAAGGAAAACUCCUUGGCUGCCACCGGAGGCUGGACGUGAUCGGAAAAGUUCAUACCGACGAAGUUGAAGUCAAAGGCGAAGUUCAUACCAGACGUGAUCGGUGUGGAGCGCGGAAGGCCUUUGCAAUGACGGGUUGGCGCCUUGGAUAUAUUGCUAGUCCAAAACAUUUUGUUGGUGCAUGUGGAAAGAUCCAAAGUCAAUUCACUUCAGGGGCCAGUAGUAUUGCCCAGAAAGCUGCAGUUGUUGGGUUAGGACUAGGUUAUGCUGGUGGGGAAGCAGUUUCUACCAUGAUUAGAGCAUUUAAGGAGCGAAGGGAUUUCUUAGUAAAAAGUUUUAGAGAAAUAGAUGGUGUCAAGAUAUCCGAACCCCAGGGAGCAUUCUAUUUAUUCAUUGAUUUCAGCAUCUAUUAUGGAAGAGAAGUUGAAGGAUUUGGUAAAAUUGAGGAUUCUGAGUCCCUCUGUCGAUACUUACUGGAUGUUGGCCAACUAUUCUCAUGUAAUUGGUUCAAAGAUUUAAUGAUUUUUAUGAGUAGGAAAUUUUGUAAUAAUCUUUUAUUUAACUGUCUCCGCUGUAAAAUAGUNGGAAAGAACUAAAGAACAAUUGUUCUUAGCAAAAGGCGUUAAAUUGUUGUUGUAAGGUAUGAGAAAACAACUGAUAAUAUCAUAACUUUGUGUUUUGCCA